AUGAAAAUUGAUUAUGCAACUGGUGUUUCAUUGCCUAAUUUUCAAAGUUUUAAAAUAAUUGAAAGUUUAUUUCGAGAAGAACUUGCUCGUUUACCAACAAUAUGUUCUUCAUUAGUCAAAAAUAUACAUGAUUAUCUCAAUAUUAUUUUAUUAAAAAUAUAUCAUCAAACAUUUGAUCAAGAAUAUCCUCGUCUUAUUCAACGACUAAAAGAAGUUAUUAUUGGAAAAAUUGAUGCAGCUGAAGAACGAACAAUUGAACGUGUACAAGAAAUACUUGAUAUGGAAAAGAGAUUAUUCACAUUAAGUCAUGAAUAUAUGAAAACUAUACGCAAGAUGAGAGAAACUAACAAUACUAAUGAUAGAGAAAGUAGUGAGCCAGUAAUAAUACCAUCAUCGACACAAUCAUUAGUAAAAGAACGAAAUGUAUCUGUAAACUCAAAUAAAAUACAUUACAUUUCGACGAUGUUUACUCCAACGACGAACCAAAGUGUUUAUACACAAGAUACAAAUGAAGUUCAUGCAGCAACAGAUAUUCAAAUAUCCUUAAAAGCAUAUUCCGAAAUCGUACAAACGCGUAUUAUUGAUAUCAUCUCUCAAAUAUGUUAUCAUCAAUUUAUUACUCUAUGUACACUAGAGGUUCAUAAAGAUAUGACUAUGGCCAUCUCAACAUCAGAUUUGAUUCGUUAUAUGAAAGAACCUUAUGAUCGAACGGUGCAACGACAAAAUUUAAAGCGUAGUAUCAAAGCAUACGAAGAAGCAUUAAAACUUGGACAAGAACAUUUAUAA